AAGACGACCGGAUGCGAUCCUCUUAGGUUUGUUGCUAAUGCUAAUGGCCCGGAACGGUAAAGCAGCACUCCGAAGAUGGCCGGGGUGUUCGAGGUGGAGGUUGAUGGUGUAGAGCACGACCAUGGGUUACAGCAUCACGAUGGACCGCACCAGUUUGAUGUGUCCAAACUUUCACCAGAAGAGAAGUGGAGGAUGGAUCAUGCAAGAAUGCACGCCAAACACAAAGGCCAUGAGGCCAUGCACGCGGAGAUGGUGCUGAUCCUCAUAGUCACACUUGUUGUUGCCCAGCUAGUCCUUGUGCAAUGGAAACAGAGACAUCCAAAGUCAUACAAUCUGGUGACUCUGUUCCAGAUGUGGGUAGUUCCUCUCUACUUUACUACCAAACUGCACUGGUGGAGGUUCCUGACCACAUGGUUUAUCUUCUCUGUCAUCACAGCGUACAUCUCGUUCCGUGCCACUCGCAAGCCACUGGCCUGCACCACGCCGAGGCUGGUGUAUAAGUGGUUUCUCCUUCUCUACAAGAUCAGCUAUGCCACAGGGAUAGUUGGAUAUACUGUCGUCAUGUUUACACUUUUUGGAAUAAACCUAAUAUUCAGGAUAAAACCAGAGGACGCCAUGGACUUUGGCGUUUCACUGCUUUUCUACGGCCUGUACUACGGGGUCCUGGGAAGGGACUUUGCAGAGAUGUGUGCGGACUUCAUGGCUUCAACGGUUGGGUAUUACAGUGCAUCUGGCAUGCCCACCAAGCACCUCUCUGACAAUAUCUGUGCCGUGUGCGGUCAGCCCAUCCUUGUCGAUGUCAGUGAGGAGGGGAUCAUUGAGAACACGUACAGAUUAUCCUGCAACCAUGUGUUCCAUGAGUUUUGCAUAAGAGGAUGGUGUAUCGUCGGAAAGAAGCAGAUGUGCCCGUACUGCAAAGAGAAGGUUGACCUGAAGAGGAUGUUCAGUAAUCCUUGGGAGAGGCCACAUGUCAUGUACGGACAACUUUUAGACUGGCUUCGGUACUUGGUGGCCUGGCAGCCUGUUAUCAUUGGAUUUGUGCAAGGCAUCAACUACAUCCUGGGUCUGGAGUGACCUGCGACACGCAGAAAUGGACACACAACCCAUAAGGAGACGACUGGCUCAGAAGACUGAGGGCCUAACAUUGAACUAAAACACCAAUUAAAAGUGUCUAUACGUUUUGUAUAUAUUUUUAGGCACAUACUAUCUGUAUUUACAGUUUAUUUGAACUUUAUUGGUAACCUGAAUUUGGAUGUCUUAUCAGUUUCCCCGGAUUUGCUUUACGCAGCGUUUUACUUGGUUUGUACAACCUAUGGCCUAGUGAAGCGCUUCUAAUCAUUAGGGAGGUGCUUUUUGCUAAUUUACGUCUUAAGUGUUAAUUCUUAGUUCAAGGGUCAUGAUGGAGAAUUUCUUUCAUAUCUGAUGGCUCAUGCAAAAUCAAUAAAUUAAAUAGAAAAUCCACAUGAAUGAUUGCUCCCUGGGCCUCCAAAGUCCACAGAUGGAAGAGAUUUGGCCACUGCAUAUUUCAUGUAAUCAUUCAUAUGAACUGAGUGACAUUAGAGAGGGUUUCCUCUACGCUGCGAGUCAUGUGACAGGAGGCACUGUCAUUGUGGGGAAAGAAGUUUGUAGUUAAACACAGCAUUCUUGAUGCAGUAGUUGGGGAAAAGGGAACUGGACGUUGCAAGAUUUCAAAAUGUUUUUGUGGAAAGUCUUCGAUACCAUCCGGAGAAGCGUAAUCAGAUCAACUUUGACCUCUUGAGACAGUAUCUCAGUCACUAGGUUUCUACGAGUAGAGGAAGGUCACUGUGUUCCAGUCUAUUUUUGUUUUUAUUUAAAUUAUUUACAAAAAUAUCUCACCCGUGGUUUUUUGCCUUAUUGAUAGUUUGGGGGUUUUGGGGCCAGAUAUUUUCUUUGGAAGUUCUUUCUACAAAAUAAAUGGUUCUUGUAAAACCUUUUGUGUUCUGUAGAUUAUUCUAAUCGAUUGGAAUGUCACGUUGCCGUUUUUUUAACUAAUGUUUUAACGCCGAGCACUGCGAAGUAAACGGAACUCCCCUUUGUUGUAUUGUAGUGGCGGCAGAUGUCCCGAAGCCUGGCAUACUAAAACCCAAACUAUCUGCAUUGGCUAAAUACUACUGGAGAUCACUUUGUUAUCGAAUAUUGGUAAACCAGGAAGCACAGACCAAAGCAAUGAUUCCAGUUAGUGACUUCACUAAAACCUUUGACGGCUCAGACUAAAUACGAUAGAAAAGUAAGUUGAAGAAUGACCAUUCAAACUCCGUAAGUGAUGAGGCCAGUUUUAUUUUCAUGUGAUCUGUUCAAGCCAAGGUUCCUUUGUGUGUUUUCUAGUCCGAAGAUGCUGGAAGCUGGUUGUUUUUCCUGCAGGUAAAGCUCUCGUUCACUCGAACCACCAACUCUAACAGGCCGACGUGAUCGCUUUGUUUUGUGACCAGGAUGAGUUAAUAAAUGUCACAUGGUUGAGAUCAUUUGUAGUUUUUUGCAUCCUUGAGGUUUAUUUGUGUUAAUUAUUUUAUUCAAUACACAAAUUCUAAAAUAUGAGAAAUUAAAUCACAAGAUUGAGAGCUGUGAAUUUGUCAGCGUAGUUGAUCUUAGUAACCAGUGUGUUGAAGUGUUUUGAGGAAACCCCCCACCAUGUGCUAAAUAUUGUACUCAUUGUUUGAGUGGGCGUAGGGAAGUGAGAUGUGUACAUAUAAGAGACCUAGUAGCACCAAACGUCAGUCAGCAGCUCUCACAGAGGAGUCACCAUGAAGCCGUCUUCUGUUGUCAAAGGUAAUAAUACUUUGUAAUUGCAACAUUUCCUCUCGUAGUUUGGCAUUGGUAGUGAAUAUCUUGUGUCUCUGCAUCAGCUUUGGGGUGUCUGUGUCUGCUGCUUGCAGAUGGAUUUCCAGGUUCAGUAUAUUUUGGGUGACAAGACAUUUCUUUUGAUUCAAUCCCGUUUUGGUGCUGACCUAAAUUUUCUCUUCAGCUCCUCAGUAUGAAUCCCCAAAGAUCAUCGGACCACGUUACGUCAAAAUAAAAGCUAAUCUAGGUGAGUGGCUGUUUCUUUGCUGUGAAGCAAUUGCUAACAGUAAAGACACGACACUUAUCUACUGGCUCGUCAAUGGCUCUUUCCCUGAAGACCUGCUCAGCUCUGAGAGAAUAUUGGAAUCAAAUGAAUCAUCUUUGGAUAAUGGUGCGAUCCUGCAGAGGAGUUUGUUUUUGAAGAACGUCACGUCGGAGGACUUCCAAUCCAGCUUCACCUGCGUUGUGACGAACCCCGCUGGGACGACCAUAAAGAAAUUCAGACUAGCAGCAAGGGGGAAAAGCAUAAAACAUUCAAUGUCACCACAGCAAAAAGUGGAAGGCUCUUAGCUGUGUUUCAACUUACACCCACUAACGCAUCUUUAAGUCAAAUGUAUCAUUUACUA